AUGGAAUCUGGGAGAAGGGGAUGGAAUGAGGGAGAAGGGGAUGGAAUUUGGGAGGAGGGGAUAAAAUCUGGAAGAAGGGGAUGGAAUCUGGCAGAAGGGGAUGGAAUCUGGAAGAAGGGGAUGGAAUCUGGAAGAAGGGGAUGGAAUCUGGGAGAAGGGGAUGGAAUCUGGGAGAAGGGGAUGGAAUCGGGAAGAAGGGGAUGGAAUCAGGGAGAAGGGGAUGGAAUCUGGGAGAAGGGGAUGGAAUCUGGGACAAGGGGGUGGAAUCUGGGAGAAGGGGAUGGAAUCUGGGAGAAGGGGAUGGAAUCUGGGAGAAGGGGAUGGAAUCUGGGAGAAGGGGAUGGAAUAUGGGAGAAGGGGAUGGAAUCUGGGAGAAGGGGAUGGAAUCUGGGAGAAGGGGAUCGAAUCAGGGAGAAGGGGAUGGAAUUUGAGAGAAGGGGAUGGAAUCUGGGAGAAGAAGAUGGAAUAUGGAAGAAGGGGGUGGAAUCUGGACGGGGAUGGAAUCUGGGAGAAGGGGAUCGAAUCAGGGAGAAGGGGAUGGAAUCUGGGAGAAGGGGAUGGAAUCUGGGAGAAGGGGAUGGAAUCUGGGAGAAGGGGAUGGAAUCUGGGAGAAGGGGAUGGAAUCUGGGAGAAGGGGAUGGAAUUUGGGAGAAGGGGAUGGAAUCUGGCAGAAGGGGAUGGAAUCCAGGAGAAGGGGAUGGAAUCUGGGAGAAGGGGAUGGAAUCUGGGAUAAGGGGAUGGAAUCUGGCAGAAGGGGAUGGAAUCUGGAAGAAGGGGAUGGAAUCUGGGAGAAGGGGAUGGAAUCUGGGAGAAGGGGAUGCAAUAUGGAAGAAGGGGAUGGAAUCUGGGAGAAGGGGAUGGAAUCGGGGAGAAGGGGAUGGAAUCAGGGAGAAGGGGAUGGAACCAGGGAGAAGGGGAUGGAAUCUGGGAGAAGGAGAUGGAAUGAGGGACAAGGGGAUGGAAUCUGGGAGAAGGGGAUGGAAUCUGGGAGAAGGGGAUGGAAUCUGGGAGAAGGGGAUGGAAUCCGGGAGAAGGGGAUGGAAUCUGGAAGAAGGGGAUGGAAUCUGGGAUAAGGGGAUGGAAUCUAGCAGAAGGGGAUGGAAUCUGGAAGAAGGGGAUGGAAUCUGGGAGAAGGGGAUGGAAUCUGGGAGAAGGGGAUGGAAUAUGGAAGAAGGGGAUGGAAUCUGGGAGAAGGGGAUGGAAUCGGGGAGAAGGGGAUGGAAUCAGGGAGAAGGGGAUGGAAUCAGGGAGAAGGGGAUGGAAUCUGGGAGAAGGAGAUGGAAUGAGGGACAAGGGGAUGGAAUCUGGGAGAAGGGGAUGGAAUCUGGGAGAAGGGGAUGGAAUCUGGGAGACGGGGAUGGAAUCUCGGAGAAGGGGAUUGAAUCAGGGAGAAGGGGAUGGAAUCUGGGAGAAGGGGAUGGAAUCUGGGAGAAGGGGAUGGAAUCUGGGAGAAGGGGAUGGAAUCUGGGAGAAGGGGAUGGAAUCUGGGAGAAGGGGAUGGAAUCAGGGAGAAGGGGAUGGAAUCUGGGAGAAGGGGAUGGAAUCUAG